GUCUAUAGCUUGCUCUACCUCUCUCGCAGGGCAGCAAGGGUGGGCUAAAUCAGAACAUAGACACACAAACAUACUUUGUAGGUGGGGGGUGGCCUGCAGUUGCUCAGUGACACACACCCGCAGGACUCUGAGGCAAAACCUGGAGGUUCCCUUUUGCUUUCAUACAUCAAGGAUUUUACUGGCAACACUUACUCGUUUGUUGGGUUUUCAUCUGAGUUCCAGUUGGAUUACUUUAGUCAUUGUGUGGCUCCUGCGUGGAUACUAAAUGUAUCGCAUUGCUGCUCCCGUGGGUGCUGUUUUGGUAAUCGGGUGUCUGAGUGUGAGGAGGCUGCGUGAACAAGAAGAGCGACAGAUUGAAGAACAAACACGCAAACACACAUAAAACCCAACACAGCUCUUGUUUGUGAUGACAGACGAACCAACCCAUCCUCAUCUUUAAUAAUUACCAACAUGUUUGUGAUUUAGAUGAGAUGAAAAGAGAUCCAAAUAGAACAAACAAUUCAAUGUAUUAAUUAUGCAAGUACAUAAACCACCUUUAUGAAGCAGGCAAGACAAACUUAGAACUUAGAGUGCUUUUCACAGAUCUAACUUUGUAUUAUCAACAAAAAAAGAUCAAUCACAAAAUCCCUAAAUUUUCUUUGCAUCUCAGUCUUAGAAGGAAAAAAUAGCAGUAACAAAGAAAUUAUUUUGUGUGUAGCUGACAUUACAAUUACAAACUGGUCAAAAGCCAGUUAUGUUGUUGAGAGCUCAAUUCCCUCAUACACCAUCUUAGUGGAUCUCUUUUUCUAUGAAGUUGCCUUGCAUGGCCUUUGAAAGAUAGCACACCUUUAGGAAGAUUGUACACCUUCCAGAUAUAUUCACUGGAGAGUCGUUGACUAGUAGAGUGUCACCUGGCAGUCUAAUCCUUUAUCUGUCGCUCAAGAGGAGGCGAGAUGUCGAGGCCUCCAUCCUCCCAGACCACCCCUCAGUUCUACAGGGUCAGCGACAGAGAUCUCACCGAGAUCGAGCUGCAUUCGGUGGACUCUAUCAACGAUCUCCACCGAACACACCCCGAACACAGCCACAAAGGGACGAGGCAUCUUCGUCAUGCUUACUCCCCCUCCUUGAAUGGGAAUCUCUACACAAGUGACAUGACAGCUGUCAAUCAAAGAGGCCGUCCAGUCAGCAGCAAAUGGCAGAGUCGUCUACAGGAUAUGUUGACACCCAGUUCCUCGCGUGCCUAUGCCAUGGGCUGUGCUAUUAUCACUUUGCUUCUGCUAACAGUGUUACUCAUCUUCUACUUUUUGGUCCAGCAGGGCGGCGCAGUCCAGAUGCUGACUGAGGCAGUGAGGGAGAAAGAGGCCGCAGCCACAGAGCUGUCACUGUUGAUCCAAGAACUGCAGGCACUGAGACGCAACCUGACAGCCAUGAGAGGAGGGACAUGAUAUGGACACUUACACACAUACACACACUGGACAUGAGAUGCUUUAAGCUACAGUAAAACUGUACGGAUGGAACUAUGUAGUUAAGAGAAAGGAGGUUUCAAAAAACAUUUUUACUCUCUUAAGCCCUGGUAAGUUAACUAUGAAAAGAACUUUUGAAUUAACUAAAAUUAUGUUGUCCCCGUGAUGAUGCGGUUAUUAAAGCAGUUGAACUGUUUGGAUUAUAAUAACAGAGGCAGUUUAUCUCAUAACAUUGCAAAAAUGCACAUUUAAUGUCUUAGGAUUCAGCAUUAUUGACACUUCAACACAGCAAAAGUGUGGUGGAGUGA